GGUCGCACCUGAGGCUGCUCCCAGCAGUCUUUCCGCCUUCCCCUCCGCGGGCGGGAGACUUAGACUAGCUUUGCUCCACGUUCCGCGCACGUUUGCUGUCGCGGGUGCAUCCCACGCCGGCGGCUGUAGCAGAGGCCGCAAGUCUUCGCGCCCCGCUCUCGUGUCCCCCUUCCGCGAGCCUCCGGGGGGAGCGACCCCUUCUCAGAUUCGGGUAUUUGUCUGCGUCUCUUAGCCCCCGGCACCUGUGCCCUUUGAUGACGUCCUUCAUCCGGCUCCUCGCUGACCGCACUCGGCUUGCUGCGGCUGAAUCCGGGUCCCGCGCGGCCGGGGGGCGUGGUUGAGCCGCUGUCGCAGGCCGGCGUCCACAGGUGGACAGCUUGGAAGACCCCCGAAGGCCUUGCCCGCCGUCUCGCGUGCCGAUCCCGGCCAGGUCAGAACGCGACCCCCCAGCGGUGGUCCCGCGCCAACGGCGUGCUCCGGGGCGCUCCGGGACCGCAGUGGUCGGGGGUCUGCGGAAGGGCGAGCACCUCACCUGUUUCAUUCAGGAAGAAUUAGGGUGGGGGUACCGCUCGCCGUGAUAACUACCCAAGAAAACAUCAUGAAAGAUAGUGAUAUCAAGAAGCUAUUUUAUACCCACCUUUUAUGCAUAUUUUCAAUUAUCCUAAGCAUCUUCAUUCCAUCAUUCUUCCUGGAGAACUUCUCAGUAUUAGAAACUCACUUGCUGUGGUUGUGCAUAUGCUCUGUUUUUGUAACUGCCGUCAAUCUCCUAUUAUACUUCGUAGUAAAACCAAACAUAACCUCUAAAAGAAGUUCAUUGUCGUAUAAGGUAGCCAAAUUUUUGAAAUGCUGUGUCUACUUUUUAAUAUCUUGUCUCUUCCUUCAUGUGAUUUUUGUUCUAUAUGGAGCGCCACUAUUAGAGAUGGUGUUGGAAACAUUUUCGUUUGCAGUUAUUUUGUCUACUUUUACUAUUGUACCUUGUUUAUGUUUAUUAGGACCAAACCUCAAAGCAUGGCUAAGAGUUUUCAGUAAAAAUGGAGUUACUUCUAUUUGGGAGAACAGUCUCCAGAUCACUACAAUUGCUAGUUUUGUAGGAGCAUGGCUUGGAGCAUUUCCUAUUCCACUGGAUUGGGAAAGACCAUGGCAGGUAUGGCCCAUCUCCUGUACACUUGGAGCGACCUUUGGCUAUAUGGCUGGCCUUAUCAUUUCACCACUCUGGAUAUACUGGAAUAGAAAGCAACUGACAUAUAAGAACAAUUAGGAGGAGCAAAGGGAGAAGAUAAUUCUUUGUGCAGAUUCUGCAAGAGAUGUGCAGAAAUGAAGAUGGCCAAAGCCAAGCAGUUCCAUUUACAGCACUGAUUUUUAUGUAGUUUCAAUGUGAUGUGAUUGUAGCUUUUUAAACUAUGAAACCCCUGAGAGAUUGUACCUUCUAGUGGAAAUAAAGUAUUUAUAAUAG